AUGUCAGCUGUCAUCUUCUCGCCGGCAUCGGCAUACCUCCUCGGCACGGCCUUCCUCGGAAUGGGCCUCAAGGCCUUCGCGGAUCCCGAGAGCUCCUACGAGCUGUUCGGGCUCCCCCGUCAAACACAGACUACUUCCUUUGGAGUUUUGUGA